UAACCUAACAAACUUAACUCGCCGUUCGCGUCCCAGACUCGCGCGCCGUUGCGUGUCACGGAGAUUCCGGACUUGUUGAAAUAGUUUAAAUUGAUUUUCCCCCUUGUCGCAAGUACAGAGAUUGUUCGAUCUAACCUACGCAAUAAUUGUGAUGUCAAUGGAGACCGUACCGAAAGAUCUACGCGGAUUAAGAGCGUGUCUGGUGUGCUCUUUGGUUAAGACUUUCGACCAAUUCGAGCUCGAUGGAUGUGACAACUGUGACGAUUUUCUACGUAUGAAGAAUAAUAAGGAUAAUGUUUUUGACUGUACGAGUUCGAACUUCGACGGAAUGAUCGCUGUAAUGAGUCCAGAAGACAGCUGGGUAUGCAAGUGGCAAAGAAUAAAUCGUUUCUGUAAGGGUGUCUACGCCAUAUCCGUAUCGGGACGAUUGCCAGCUGGUGUUAUCAGAGAGAUGAAGAGCAGAGGAAUAGUGUAUAGGCCGCGCGACACGAGUCAACGUUAAUUAUUAGAGAUGCCUAUGUAAGAUGUAAAUAUUUCUCCUAAUACCGCGUUAUAUUUAAAUCAAUCGAGAGACGAUCAUUGUUAAUUUUAAGUUAAGUUAAAUGUACAAUUAUUUUUGCGUGGUGAAUUUAACUGAUUUAAUAUCGCACGACUGUUUUCAUUCAGAAAAGUAUAAGCUUAAUAAAGAACUUACACGAACAU